AUGUCUCUUACAGAUUCGGAUUCCGAAGAUGCCAUUACAAACAAGGAAAUCGCCGGCGAAGCCUCAGCACCACCUGCCAGCCAGGCUGGAGUGUCAAGUACCACCACGCAACGCAAUGCCUUCUCAGAACUUAUGAAGUCAAAAGCGAAGGUUCCUGCACAACCCACAAAAGACUCUACUUCAAAGUCGUCUAGCUUAGCAAUUUCAUUUAAAGGCCGAGAUGGUCUAGGAGCGUAUACGCACGACCCAGCAGUAUUCCCACCAAGUCGGGUCAUUUACUAUGAUGAUGACUUUGUCGUCAUCAACGAUCUUUAUCCUAAGUCUUCGGUUCACACACUCCUACUGCCAAGAUCUCCGCGCAGUCGCUUGCACCCCUUCGACGCUUUUGAGGACACCGACUUCCUUGCCAAGGUGCAAGCUGAAGCGCUCAAACUCAAGCAAUUGGUGGCAAAGGAGCUGCAACGGCGCUAUGGACAGUACAGCGAAAGGGAUAAGGUACGCGAGGCAGUGCUGAAUGGGGAGCUGGAGUGGAACAAGGAGGAGCUACCUGAGGGACGCGAGUGGGAACGGGAAGCUAUGGUCGGCAUUCAUGCGCAUCCUUCUAUGAAUGAUCUUCAUGUCCACGUGAUAUCUCGCGAUAUGUUCUCGGAGUGUUUGCAGCACCGAAAACAUUACGAGUCAUUCAACACGCCCUUCUUCAUUGAUGUGACGGAUUUUCCUUUAGCGAAAAACGACCCGAGGAGACAUCCGGGACGUGCUGGGUUCCUUAAUCAGGACUUGAAGUGUUGGCGCUGUGGACAGAACUUUGGGAAGAAGUUCAAGCAGCUAAAGGAGCACUUGAAGGAAGAAUUUGAAAAGUGGAAACAGGAGUAA